AUGGAGAACUCAAAUCUCAAGUGUUCAAUAAAUAUUUUCAAAACGAAAGAGUUUCUAGUACCUGUACAUAGGAAACCCUCCAAACUUCAAAUUAAUAUUGGAUUUAUGCAUUUAAACAAUCAGAAACAGCAUGAAAUGAAUAUUUCAUUGUUAAGCAUUUAUGAAAUUAACAGAAAACAGAUAAGAAAUAUUACAACGGUGUUCACAUUUUCCAUUCCUCAUGAAGAGAUCCACUUUUCUCUAGACAAUCAACUGGAUUGGAAGCUGUCCGCUUUCGGAGCAUUAACGAAAUUUGACAGUCUUACAAAAAUCCAAUUAUUACCCAUGAAUCAGUCUGUGAAACUAAUGCUAAUGUACAGCAGUGAAGAACAAUUAUUAUCAUACGUUCUUAUGCAAUAUGAUGAUCCGCAUUUCCAAAAUGUGUAUUCAUUAAAAAGUUGGUUACAACCAUGGCGUAAUCUAUACGAAUUCACAUUUCAGUGGCCAAAAUUACACACAGUUCAUGUGCUAACUAUUUAUGAUUUCACACCUGUAGAUGUGUACACUGGAUUAACAGUAGAUCAUCUAGUAUAUUUUAAUCACAUAAAGUACUUAAAAAUUAAAAAUCAAUUGAUGUACAAAUUAGACGAGCAUAAAUUGCUUAUAUUACAUCAAACGGAAGCACUGAACGCUACCAAUAACGCCACCAAUAAUAUUUCUGAUAAUACUAAUAAUGACAUUAGUGAAAUGAAAAAUACAAGAUUAAUUUCCAAGUUUGAAUUGAUUUUCCAGUUAUACCCAGAAAUGAAAUUUACGCCAUUCCAUAUAAAGUUCAUUGGUGCCGCCAAAAUUCACUUGUUCUUACCAACUUAUAAGAUAAAUAAAGAGAGUGAGGGAAAAUUAAAGAUUGACGUGACAAAAUUCAAAGGUGAAAGUAUAUUGAAACUGUUUGAUAUUCAGUUGUACAAUCAAUCCAAAUUUCUCAUUGAAUGGAGUUCAAACUUUAAAUUUAGUCACAAAUGGUUAUUCAACACAAAUCUAAAACUGAUUACCCAGUCAGGUGAGGAAAAUAAUCUCACUUUCAGCUGGAAAUCCUUGAAUAAAUCAACCUUUGUUGUUUUGAACUGUUUAAUUUUAUCUCUUGGUAAUUUUGUUUGCCAUUACAAACAUCGAUGGGAUACCAUUUAUCAUUUUGGCGGCUCGAAUAUGAUUUCCAUUCAGUCAUAUGUUCCAAAUGAAUGGUUGAGUGGGUUUUAUUUAAACGCUAAUUAUGCUCUUAAUCUGAAUUCAAACCAGAAGCUUAUCGAAAUAAGCGCUGAGUAUAGCACAAGUAAUUCUAUGGGGCCCGGUUCACCUGUACGUGCAAGAGUGUUUUUCAAACACGGUGAAAUGUAUGAGUUUGGUAACCUUGAGUUUGGAUUGGAUUCUCAGUUAAUGGGUCAUCAUUUUGGCUAUGAAAUGGUAAAUGCGAUGGCAGAAUAUGAAUUUAGUCCACCUCAUUCAGAGAAUCAAAUACGUUUCAUCAGUCGUGCUAUAGCAGGCUAUCGUCUCUAUGAAGGUCGUGGAACAAAAGGUUAUCAGGGCGAAUUAUUUAUAGUGCAAAACAAAGAAGAUAAUAAACUUAACAUUUUAUUAAGAUUUGGAAGACCCGGACUAAUACAUCAAAAUAAAUUUGAAUACAGUCAAACCCUGGAGAAGAUGUAUGCCAAUCUUCAAAUUUCUACUGUUUUUUCGGGAAAGUCAUAUCUUGAGGGUAAGGUUAAACUUCAACAUGACAAAACGUCUUCAAUCCCUACGUUUUCAAACAUCACUAUGUUCAGCCCAUGUUUACCACUGAUGUUUAACUUUUAUUAUCACUUAGAAAGAAACAUAUCGGUAUUAGUAAUAAAUGAAAACUUACUCAUUUCAAUUAAUCGAUCAUCGAAUCCAUUUUAUUUAAAUCAGACAUUUGAAUUUAAGAACAAAUCAAUCAAACCGUUAAAUAUUUAUCAUGAUAUGCGAUUCCAGUGUGAUACAAAUAAAGGUGAAAAUCACUUGGCCUCCUUAUCCUAUACAAGUAAACAGUCAGAUAAGGAAAUCCAUAAAAACUUUCAGCUCAAUGGAACUCUACAGUAUACGCACUGGCUAUGCUCAGUAAUACCAGUAAUGAAUUCCGUGUACAUUACCACUUUAUCGAUAAGCUAUGGAACAAUGUGA